CAUUAAGGUGGCCCCUGGAAGAUUUUAUGGUGGGCGUUCCCAUCCCCACUGUUUCCCCGUGGCGUGGCCCCCUUGAAUUUCUGAUCAGCCAGACUUUUGGGCUCACAUCCUAACAUGAGCUGGUGAUGGACGGAGUGGAUGCUACACACAUCAUUGUGGUCCCCACGGAGCUUUUCCCGUCCGUUUUGAAAUACCAGGAGAUCAUCGUAGUGUGGCCCACCUCUUGCACGGACAAGAUAUUGAAACCAGUGACAUCUUGGAGGGGGAAAUACCAUGGCUGCAUCUGAUCAUUUCUCCAGGUAAAAUCCUCUCAAAACCCCUUUUCUCAGGAGGAGCCCAGAAACGAGAAAACCAGAAAAACGACAUGGUUCGACCCGCAUCUUCUUCCGGGAAAAAGCCCCGGAAAGAUGAGAAAUCCCAGACAGAUCCCGAAACUGAAGAUCGGAGAAGGCUAAAAUCCCUAGCCUUCUCCAAAAACCUACUCUCUCACACUCCUUCAAAGCCCAUCUCUCCUCUCAAUCCUUCCAAAACCCUUGAAAAACACCGGGGCAGAGAUAUCUUGAAGAAGGGCCAGAGGAAGAACAGGUUCCUCUUCUCCUUUCCCGGCCUCCUCGCGCCAAUCUCCGCGGGCAAGAUCGGCGAAUUGAAGGAUUUGGGCACGAAGAAUCCCGUCCUCUACAUUGAUUUCCCGCAGGGCCGGAUGAAGUUGUUUGGUACAAUUGUUUAUCCGAAGAACAAGUAUUUAACUUUCCAAUUUGCAAGAUCAUCAAAGAAUGUGAUGUGUGAGGAUUGUUUUGAGAACAUGGUUGUAUUUUCUGAUGCAUGGUGGAUUGGACGAAGAGAUGAAAAUCCAGAAGAAGUUCAACUUGAGUUUCCCAAGGAAAUUGAUGAGGGAAAACAUGCUGACUUUGAUUUUAAAGGUGGGGCUGGUGCGACAUCUGGGGAAACUUCUGGUAUUAAUAAACCUAGAAAGGAAUAUGUUGAACCGAUUUCUCCUGAAACUGAGUCAAAGGAUGAUGUAUCUGAUGAUUCUGAUCUUUUAACUGCAAAGACUUCAAAUGUUGCAAUGGAAACAACUCCAGUUCGACAGUCUGCAAGAACAGCUGGGAGAACAUUCAAGUUUGCAGAGUCUUCCGGAGAUGAAUCUGCUGAUAGUGAUGCUGACAUGUCUAAAAUGAAGGAUGAGAACAUUGAUGAUGAAGUCAAUGGUGCAACUAGGAGUUCCUUGCUUGGAAAGACUGAAGAUUCUAGUGUGACAGCCUGUAGCCCUCAGGCUUUAGGCAAUGUAGAUGUUGAGAUGAAAACUCCAGGAAAAGUUCAGCAAUCAUCUCUGUCAGUGAAGAAAUCUAAAGGAAAAUCUCCUAACAAACGUGGCACACUUGUGCAAGCUACUAUAGCUACCCUGUUUGAGAAAGUGGAGGAAAAGAAAUCAACGAGUGUAAAGAAAUCUCCACCACUAAAAGGUUCUUCUCGAAAGAAACAGCCAAUCAAUUCAAACCAGAAGGCUACCCAGGAGAAAGCCAAAGGAGCUAGCAAGAAAGGAAUGCAGACCAAGGGAAAGAAAGCUGGGAAGGAAAGUGUCACAAAGCAAAAGCAUUCUCAGGUGGAAGAUGAUGACACAGAAGAUAUCUCAAGCGAAACACAGGGCACCGAUGACGACGAAGAAUGGGCUGCUUGAAUUAUAAGACUCGAGAAGGUACGACAGAAAACAUUUGUUUCUAGACAAGUAUGCAACAGCACAAAGCCUUUACUGGUUUCCAAGAGCCUGGGAUAAAGAGAAGGUUGAUGUCUAGUGGGCCACCGAUCCCAAAUGUUUUGCCAGUUACCUUUGAAAAGUUGGCCAUGAGUUCACUGGGAGAAUGCUAGAAGGAUGACAGAAAUGAUAAUGGCAUCUGAGGCAUUGUAUACCCUGGUGGCUCUUAUAUACCGUAUGGUUGAUGUUUCUAGAAUGUAUUCAUCAGUUUCCUAAAAGAAGAUAGCUUCUGUGCAAAAUAGGGAUUCAAGAUGUUCUUCAGGCAGGCUCCACUUUGAAUGGGCCACAUUCUAGAAUUCAGACCGAGUGACGAUCCUGACCCUCAGGUUAGAAAUAGUUUCUAGGAGAGAUUGAUGUUGCUGUAUAACAUGUGCAAUGGAUGUAAUAUGCUUGGGGUGAAAGGAAUGUUUGUAUUGUA